AGCCCAGCGCCGCCGCCAUGUCCUCUGGGGCCAGCGUGAGCGCCCUGCAGCGCGUGGUGGAGCAGCUCAAGCUCGAGGCCGGCGUGGAGCGGAUCAAGGUCUCCCAGGCAGCUGCGGAGCUUCAGCAGUACUGCAUGCAGAACGCCUGCAAGGACGCACUGCUGGUGGGCGUGCCGGCUGGCAGCAACCCCUUCCGGGAACCCCGAUCCUGUGCUUUACUCUGAAGACCAUAGGAAAGAAGUUCAGUGGGGAAGGCCUUCAAGCAAGAAGUGAUGACCACUGCCUCCACAUCCCCAGAAAACACUCUGGCCAAAUGGUUUGUAGACAUGGCAGACCUUCCCCGUGGCUCGGUCCCUCACAAGGUCCUCGGAAAUCCAGGAGUUUGCACUCAGUUAAGGAAACUGAGUGAGUUUUAAAUAAUAAUGGCCUGAUUCAUUUGGUGAAGUGUUUUAUAUCAAGAAAAGCAGAACCCUUUCCACCCAACACACCAGUCACAUGUUUUUCAUAAGUGAAUGACUGGUAAUUCUGAACCUGGAAUGGUUUUAUACACUACACAUUUGCAUCGUAGAAAGAAAAACAUUUUUGUUUAAAAAUGAGUAUUUGUAAGAUUUUUAUACCAUAACAAAAUUCUUAUGAAUUUAUAUUCACUAAGUUAACCAAGCAUAAAAUUAGGGGACACAGUAGGCCUUACUAACCAAAUUAUGUUGAUUUUCUGAGAAGAUUGUUACACUUUAACACUAAAUGUGGUAGAUACAUCAUAGCAAAUCUGUUUGGAAAGAUCAGUGUUCUGUGUAUUAGGUUGCCCCAUUCUGUGGUUGACACAGAUUUUAUUUUUGUCUUCUUAAGUUUAUUUAUAAUUGUAGAGGAACUUUUAAAAAAGUGUAUUACUCCAUACCUUUAAUAAUGUUUAAAGUUUGGUCUGUGUAUAGAGCAUUGCAAAUUGUUAAAAACAAAUUAAUGUGAAAAUAUUAUAACCUAAAGUAAUUCUUCAUUCAGAAAUGUUCUACUUUGAUGAUGUGCCUUUGAUUUAAUGUGGGACACUUCUAGGAUACUUGUGUUUGUAAUUAUGUUUGAAGAGCUUGGAAAUAAAAAUUUCUGUUUAAUUAGUCACUUUCUAUGACAA